CCGUGACGUGCGAGAGUUCCGUCAGUGGAGCGGUGUCUGCCAUCCAGCCUACCCGGGCCAGCGGCUGCUUUACCCGCCGAGAAAUACCGACUGCGGUCGGUCCGAGGCAGACGAGCGAGGAUGCGGACGAUGAAAGAAGAAGAAGAAGAAGACAGCACGGGCGGUAGGGAGAACAUAUUGUUUUCCCACAGAUACAGAGAAGCGUGAUAAGACACUUAGGGUUCUAUUGUUCGAGGAAAUUGUUUUUCCCUCCACCCGCGCCGCCGCGUCUCUCUUUGUGUGUGUUUCAAAAUGACCCGAAGCAACUUGGACAAGAGCAGGAAGCAACCGCGAGGAGAGCCGCUCGUUUAGUGGAAGCUGCGGUGUACGCCGGAGACCCGGAGAGGGAGGAGUGGCAGCAAGAGGAGGGUGGGGGUGGGGAGCUCCGAAAACCCGCAGGGUUGAAGAUUCCGUGGAGAUGCCCGAGAGCGAGAGGGCGUAACACGACACGCGGGGACUGACCAAAGCGUUGCGGCGAUGUGGGCUAAAAGGAGCAGGGUUCGCAGCCAGCCCAUUGCAGCCUUGAUACAAGCGAGCAGCGUCGACCCCGAGGGAAGAGAGGAGGUACGCCACACUGCACAUCUCACUCGAGGAAGUGACAAUUAUCAUAUUCUGAACGAGGCAAGACAGAACAUGAUGUGCUCAUCUAAAGUUCCAAAGAGAAAUCUCUAAAGUCUCCAGAAGAAAUCAUUAGUCAUUACUCAGUGCCACCAGGAGAGCAUUUAACCUGCGCUACGUGAAAUUCCAAAGACUCCAACCGGACAUUGUACUGCAUCUGUCAGCUCCUAACAACUUUUACUUUUUGCAACCACAUGUUUGAGGUGACUGCAUGUGACUGCCGCCGCCGCCCAUUCUCGAGCAGCAGCUGCAGCAGCCCCCUGCAAUCCCGAGGUGCACCAUGCAGUGGAGACGGCGUCAUUGCUGUCCCAUCAAGAUGACGUGGACCGCCAAGCGCUCACUAUUUCGGACCCAUGUGGCAGGCCUCCUGUCACUGGCGCUGCUCUUCACCCUCUUCUCAUUUUUCAGUCGGCAGGACUGGCUGCCUGGCCGUACCGGGCCACGGGAAAACCCUCUGGCCUACGCUGUCAGGGGUUUCCGCAAUUCCAGAGGGGACGCCAACCAGAGUAGCUACCUUAGGAGCCUUUGGCGGGAGACGGGUUUUGUAGCAUCAAAGCCUCUGUUCAAUCUUAGUUCUCAGCAGGUAGAAGAGGCAGGAGGAGGACUUGGUGGAGGAGGAGGCGUCCGAAUGGCUGUAAUGGGACUUGGAGACUCCAUGAGUGCCAACAACAGUUUACAGAAGGAGAUGGGUGUGGGAGGGAGGCUCAGUGCUCAGCCUUACCGUUACAUCCUGAACCAGCCUUUCAAGUGCAGUGACAGCACACCAUUCCUCGUCCUACUCAUUGCUGCUGAACCAGGCCAGGCUGAUGCUCGUAAUGCCAUCCGGCAAACGUGGGGCAAUGACAGCGUAGCAAUGGGCCUGGGCUUCGUACGACUCUUCCUGCUCGGCAUGGGAAAGAGCUCGGACACCUUCCUUCAGAGCACCAUCGAGGAGGAGAGCCGCGUUUACCGUGACAUAAUCCAGCAAGAAUACCAGGACACAUAUUACAACCUGACGAUCAAAACUUUAAUGGCCAUGAACUGGGUGGCUACAUAUUGCCCACGCGCCUCUUAUGUGAUGAAGACAGACAGCGACAUGUUUGUCAAUACAGAGUAUCUCAUUCAGAAGCUGCUUAAGCCCGAGCUGCCUCCCAAGCAGAGAUACUUCACAGGCUAUCUGAUGAGAGGCUACGCACCAAACCGAAAUAAGGACAGCAAGUGGUACAUGCCGCCAGAGCUGUACCCAAGUGAGCGUUACCCGACAUUCUGCUCUGGCACAGGGUAUGUGUUCUCAGGGGACAUGGCAGAACUCAUCUACCAGGCCUCACUCAGCAUCCGCAGGCUUCACCUUGAGGAUGUUUAUGUGGGAAUAUGCCUUGCAAAGUUGCGCAUCGACCCAACUCCGCCUCCCAAUGAAUUUCUCUUCAACCACUGGAGGGUCUCUUACUCCAGCUGUAAGUACAGCCACCUUAUCACAUCCCAUCAGUUCCACCCAAAUGAACUUAUCAAGUAUUGGAAUCACUUGCAGAGUAACAAGCACAAUGCCUGUAUAAACUUGGCAAAGGAAAAGAAUGGCAGGUACAGGCACCGAAGGUUCCAUGGAGAGCGGCCUCCUUGAUAACUUGUAUUAAAGAGAUGUGUGCAUCCUAAUCCUGAUGCAGGACUUUUUUGACCUCAGCACAACUCAUUAUACAGUAUAGGGAAAGCACAUUGUUUUUGGUAUUGUGUACAGUCGAUGUUUUGAACUUUUUUUUUCUUUUUUUUAGAGCGAAAUGUCAACUAUUGUAUACAUGUACUUCUACAAGUAUUCUACAUCUGUGAUAUGGAGCAUGGGGACUGAAAGCUUGUAGAGUAUUCCACACAGAUAUCCAAUUAAAGCUUCAAAAGACACCAAUGUGUUUACACAGACAAAGGGAAAUGUAUUGUAUAUGUAUUUUGUUGAAAGUUAUACUACCUAAAUAUGAAUGAAAAUAUCUUUGGCGUUGACCACUUCGUCUGACAUCUUUCUGUGUUUCCGUCAGUGUUUAAUUUCCAGUUUCAUUAUACACCACAAGUUCUAAAGGUUUAUCUGCCAUAUCCUGUAUUUUAUCUAAAAAAUAAAUAAACAUGAAAGCAUAAAGAUGACUGAUAUUUUGUUUCCUUUUAAGCUUUAUAUUGAGUAUAAUGAGUAGAAUUGACUACACUUAAGUAAAUGCGAUAUG